GAUCAUGAGCAACAGGUCAGAAAUCCCCUCACCACAGGUUGCUCUUUCCCACACUCACCUGAGGCCUGUGGCUCCUCAUUUUAUUAGGGAGAGACAUUAUCCUUCGUCUGGGCCAGUGCUGAACUAGGCAUGAGACUGGACGACCCCAACCAAGUCAGCACUCUGAAAUACCUUCACGAGAACGUGGGAGUUCAACCCGCCACAUGCAUCUCACAUGGGGGCAAGUGGGAGCGCAUGAUCGGCGUAGCCCGCAGGAUCCUCGACUCCAUGGUCCUGCAAAGAAAGCAAAAUGACCUGACUCACGAAGUGCUGUGCACCUUGAUGGCAGAGGUGUGUGCCAUAAUGAACGCAAGGCCAUUAGUUCCAGUCUCCUCUGACCCCUCGUCACCAGUGCUGCUGACUCCUGCUAUGCUGUUUACUCAAAAGCCAGGGGUGUCUGCUCCAGCCGGCACUUUCACUGAAAAGGACUUGUUCAAGUGUCAGUGUAGACAGGCGCAGGCCCUGGCAAAUGACUUCUGGACGCGAUGGAGAAAGGAAUACCCCCACACUCUUCAGCCAAGGCGCAAAUGGCGCACAGCAACACGAGAUCUGCAGCCCGGGGCCGAUGGGUUGUUGAAAGAGAGUCAGUCAGACAGUCCCCCCCGCAAUGAGUGGCCUAUGGGUCUGGUCACUGCCGCCUUUCCAAGCAGUGACGAAAAUGUCAGAAAGGUUGAAAUAAAGACUGCAUCACAAGACAAAGUAAAGACAUUCUUCAGGCCCAUUACUGAGGUCAACUGCCUAAGGAAGAUCAAGCGAGGACUGUUGAAUCUUUAGUGGCAUUAAAUGCCAGACUGGGAGUGUUCUGCCCAUAAUGUGUUUUGUGUGUUAGGUAACUUUAAUGGACUGUUUGAUAUGUGUGUCAACAUCAAAUUUUAUAAGUAAGCACUUUUCUACUUUUUCUUUUCAUUCGUAGUUUCACUCCAUUUCAAUGUUGUCAGCUUGACUGCUAAGUCAAUAAAGGAGCAAGAAGGCUAAUUUUCCUGGCUCUUGGAAAGGAACGCUGUGAACGCUAGGAAGCACAACAC